AUGUCAAGUACAGCAACAGCAACGGCGACCCCAAUCCAAGAAGUAGAAGACCUUCUCAAACGACUUCAAUCCAAUAAACAUGUCCAGUCUGUGAUAAUUCUCAACGAGAAGGGUCAGACUAUUAAAUCGACUCUGGACGAUGUACCAACAAAGAAAUAUUCUGAAAUAAUCAAUAAAAUGGUGAAUCAGACAAGAGGCCACAUCGCAGAUAUAGAGGAGGGUAACGAGCUUACGUUUUUGCGUGUAAGAACAAAAAAAUACGAGAUUAUUGUUCAUCCUGAAAACGGAUACAUUCUCGUUGUGUUCCAAAAUCCCGACAAACCAUUGACUGCACCACCGGCCGAGAAAUCAACGAGUAAACCACCGGCCACCACCUAA